AUGGCUUGUUACCUGGUCAUCAGUUCGAGACAUCUCAGCAAUGGGCACUACCGGGGCAUUAAAGGAGUCUUCCGAGGGCCCCUCUGCAAGAACGGAUCUCCCUCUCCGGAUUUUCCAGAAAAGGAGAAGUCCACAGCAAAGGCCCUGGAGGAUGUAAAGGCGAACUUUUACUGCGAAUUAUGUGACAAGCAGUAUCACAAACACCAGGAAUUUGAUAAUCAUAUUAAUUCGUAUGACCAUGCUCAUAAGCAGAGACUGAAAGAAUUAAAGCAACGGGAAUUUGCUCGAAAUGUAGCUUCCAAGUCAUGGAAAGAUGAGAAGAAACAAGAAAAAGCACUUAAAAGACUUCAUAAGCUGGCUGAGUUAAGGCAACAGUCAGAAUGUGUUUCUGGAAAUGGACCAGCGUACAAAGCACCCAGGGUAGCCAUAGAAAAACAACUCCAGCAAGGAAUUUUCCCAGUUAAGAAUGGAAGGAAAGUAUCGUGCAUGAAGGGUGCUCUUCUCCUUAAAGGAAAGAACCUCUCCAGGAGCAUUUCAGAUAAACAGCGGUCUACCAUGCCCAGUCGACACCAGUUACAAACAGACAGACUUUAUUUGUUUGGGAAGCGGGUACCACAAACAUCGUCAGAUCUCACUAAUGCAGAUCACCGGACAGGAGUAUCCUUUUCUUUUUCCAAGAAAGUGCAUGUAAAAUUAGAAUCUUCAGCAUCAGUUUUUAGUGAGAACACAGAAGAAACCCAUGAUUGUAACACCUCACACUUCUAUAAAGCAAAACAAACUGUGGAAAAAUGCAAGUGCCGCAGGUUUGCAAACGAGGGUGCACACCUCUCCAAGGAAGAAGAUAUAAACAUCUCAUCAAGCCAUCUGGAAAGUGUUUUACACAAAAGCUUCUCCAUAAGCUCUCAAAUUUUGCAAGACAAAAAUGACUCUAUCAAAACAUUAGAAGAUUCGAUUGGCAUUCAUGCUUCAUUCUCUAAAUCUAACACUCAUCUUUCAGAUGUGAAUUUUACUCCUUCCAGUAGAGAAAAAGAAACUAGAAAUACAUUGAAGAAUGUUUCAGAAAAUAUCAUGAAUCAUGCAUGCCAAGCAAACGCUCCCUCCAGCCCACCAAACAUUUACAAGUGUAGUGAUGCCAGGAUAUUUGAAUGUCUGGAUGAGUUUCCAUCACUAGAGCCAAGUGAGCAAAACAAUCCAGUGCAUCUGAAUUCCAGAAAGGAGAGGAGAGAAAAAUCCUCAGAUGAAACACAGAGAGUUAGCAAAAAUGUGCAAAGGCUCCUCAGAGAAGCAUGCUCCCAUGAUGGGAAGUCCAAACCAUUGCCUUAUCUCCACGUACAAAGCAAGGAUGGCCACACCACUCUCCAGUGGCCUACCGAACUGCUGCUCUUUACGAAAACGGAGCCCUGUAUCUCUUAUGGCUGCAACCCAUUAUAUUUUGACUUCAAGAUUUCUCGGAACACACAGAAUGGCCGUGAUCCAGAGGACUUAAAAAGAGAAUUGAUUAAGGAGCCCUUAGGAAUGAAGACCAAAUUACAGAGCCAAGUCUCAGGUUUACUCCAAGACCAACACAAAUUGAUCCAAGAAGAUAAUCAAGCUCUGAAACCAAAGAUGAUGACAGCUAAUCCGGAUUGGGAAAAUUCCCAGAGAAAAUAUAAUUUCAGAUACAGUGAUUCUGAGCCAAACCUGAGUAAACACAAUUUUAGUGCCAGUGAUUUAGAAAUGAAAAAUCCUGAAGUGCCUGCUUACCUUGACAUCUCUCUGAAGAACUGUGUAGGAAAUAAUAAUAAUAGCGAUAAAGAACUUAAGAAACCUUUAAGGGCCCAUUGGCAAAGCUGCCAGAAGGUAGUUCUAAAUGAUGCGAACGAGGGCCUGACUUUUACUCCUUACAUCCCCAGGACUAAAAAGCAUAAACUGAUUCCUUGUGAUCCUCAUUCAGAUUAUGAAGACACAAAUCAAUUCAGUUGGAAUUCUAGUCCUUACACAGCAAGGGGUCCCAGUGACCCAGAGCAGGACUUCAGUGUGGUUUUGGAUAGUAACCACAUCAGUGUGACCAGCGGGGUGGCUGGAUGCAGAAAUCGAAGAUACAAGAGAAGUGCUCCAAUGGUGUCUCUGGAUAGACCUCCAAGCCCUUCAGACACAUCCCCUGACAGCACAGCGAGCAUGAGAAGUACCUGUUCAAGUGACAGGUUGAUUGGCCAUGGCAGAGGUAACUUGCUCUACUUUUGUGAAAGAGAACACAGCUCAGCCAAGAGACGCAGAGGGAAACUCCGAAAGCACAGCUGCCGCCUGCCAGGCGGGGGAGCCGAGAGUGCCGGGCUGCGGUCCGACGCACAGACAGAUAGGAACUGCCGACUGUGGGAAUCGUUUAACAAUGAAAAAUACUCAAAACAUAGGUAUGGUCACUGCAGAGAGAGAGAGAAACUGGGCAAAAAUCAACAAUUUCCAGGGCCAAAAUCCAGGAGAGUUACCCAGUGUGAUACUAGCUCACAGGUUUUCUGUGCUGGGAAUAAUGGAAAACCAUCUGCGUGCCAGGGACCUCAGCACAGCCAAUUGGGUUCUUACUCAAGAGAGAGCAUUUAUUACUUAAAUAAAAGUGCAAGAAGUCAACAGUCUUUGCACAGCCCUCACAUUUGUGAUCUGGGAAAUGUAAAAGCCCUGCAGUGUAACCCUGGGAAUACCAGCUGUCUUCUCAGGAAUUGUUCCAGCCACCCUUCCGAAACCACAGAGUUCAACUUUACAGAAGGAGAGAAGACCCCCGUGACAGCCAAAAGCCUUUUAGAAAGAGUUCAAGCCAAGAAGUGUCAGGAACAAUCAGCUAAUUUUCCGGGCUCUUCAAAUAGUUGUAAAAAUGAAUCAGAGGCUCAUUCACAAAUCCAAUGCACAAUUCAGUUUACACCACCAGGCUGCAACAGACCAGCAUUGCCUUUGUCUGAAAAAAUACAAACCCCAAGUAAAAGAAAUAAUGACAGAGGCAGUGUAAUUCAAAGAACUAUUGAGAAAGACAAAGUCAACAGUUCACAGACAAAUAACUGCACUGUUUUGGUAGACACUGAUUGUGAUAACUAUCUUUCUAAAGGUAUAAUUCACAUAGCAGAGUCUCAGUCACUGAACAUGAAAAAGAACCCAACAACAAAAGAACAAUCAACACCUUUAGUAAGUGAAGUCCAACCUUAUAUUCAAAGCUGUGAUCCAGUACCAAAUGAUUUCCCUGGUGCUUUUCCAUCUAAUAGAUAUACUGGUGUUACUGAUUCAACAGAGACCAAAGAGGACCAAAUACAUCUAAACUCACAGGAUGUAAGCAUGCAUACGAAUUGUGCAGAGGGGAAUACAGACCCUUACUAUGACAAAACUAUGCAGAAGCAUGACAAAGUAGCAGAUGAAUUAGAAUUAUGUCAGAAACCUAUCUCUUCCCCUUUAGUUCAACAGCCAGUAACAUUUUCUCCCGAUGAAAUAGAUAAAUAUAAGCUCCUCCAGCUACAAGCCCAGCAGCACAUGCAGAAACAGCUCCUAUCAAAGCACCUGCGGGUUUUGCCAGCUGCAGGGCCUGCUGCCUUCUCUGCAGCCUCCGCUGUGCAGACAGUCCCAGUUCACCAGCACUCGUCUUUCACCACCAUCCACCACACGUUCCUGCAGCAUUUCUCUGUCUCUGCUUCUCUAAACUCCCAGAGCAAUCACCUCCCUGUAGCUCACCUACAUCCUCUUUCGCAGUCACAUUUUACUCCAUUCACAUUUUCACCACUGACCCCAGCCUUUAUCCCCGCACACCCCACUUUCAUGGCAGGUCGUCCCCUGCAUUUAGUCACCCCGGCCCCCUUCCAUCCAUCUCACAUAGCACUUCAGCCCCUGCCCCCUGCAGCGUUCAUCCCCACGUUGUUUGGCCCUCACUUGAACCCAGCCACAGCCUCAAUCAUCCACUUGAAUCCUUUCAUUCAACCGGUGUUUCAAGGUCAAGAGCUUUGCCAUCAUUCUUGCUCCAGUCAGAUGCAACAGUUAAAUGGAGUGAAAGAGGCCUUAAAUGUGUCAGCGCACUUGAACUGA